AUGCCGAAAUCUAUUGAGAAAGGGGUGUGUGCAUGGGUUACCGGUGCAGCUGAGAAAGGAGGGGCUGAGGGUGACGGUCACGUGUUUGGUAGUAACGAGGAAGACCUGGCAAUAGUACAAAACACGGGACUUGUGUACUCACAAAUGGGGAAACAGGUGGCCACGUUUUGCUCACUCGAUCUCACCAGAUUCCCUUUUGACCAGCAAAACUGCUGUAUAAGAAUGAUGUCCAACGUGGUCAGGGACUCCUUGGUCAACUUGACCACUGUUCCUCACGGGUUCUCGAUGGAGAAGUUCUUCACCAGUAUCGAAUGGGAGGUUCUGGACACGAAGGCGGAAGAACAGUUUGACCUGUGGGACAACCCUUUCUCCACGCUGGAAACUGAAAAGCUUCACUGGAAGGAACUGCGUUUCUGUAUCCGUAUACGGCGUGCAAUGUCGUUCUUCACAAUAGCCAUGUGUUUGCCGUGCAUCAUACUGUGUGCGCUGUCUUUGCUAGUGUUUCUUAUGCCGCCGGGGUCCGGGGAGAAAAUGUCUGUAGGUAUGACGUGCUGGACCGCCCUCGUGGUGUUUUUGUUGAUCCUGGUGCGGACGGUUCCUGGGACGGGCUCACAGGUGCCUCUCAUAGGUGGAUUUUUCAUCUUCACUUUAACACUUGUGAGCCUUUGUCUGGUCAGUUCUGUGUGCACCCUGCGAAUGUAUCACCAUGGUAACGACGGCUCGCGACCACCCACGUGGCUCUAUCAGCUUUGCAAGCAACUCAGCCGCGUCGCUUGUGUGCAAAUUCCAGACAGAGACCCAAUGCGACGCAAGAGCUGUAUUUCCACCACCGACGAACGCGGGAAGACCAAGGGGCAGCAGGGACCCGCCAACAGCACCACGGAACCCCUGAAUGGCGGGCCCAACGACCACGUGGUUGAAGAAGAGCCCAACAUGCCCUUUUACUGCCACAUUUAA